ACAAUCUGAUGGUAAGUGAAAGGAUCACUGUGUAAGAUGUUGAACUAUUCGGAACUAUCCCAUAGUGCAUCUAACGCAUUCCGCCAUCUUGUUUAUUUUUGUCGCACCGCGCAGAACGGAGAAAGCUGGAGAACAGUGGUUGUACAUAUAUUUCAUGCUGAGUGUGUCCCCUGUUUUCAGGGGUAAACAGCCGCAGAAAUUGGGCGCAUCGCGAGUAAGCACGUGAAAGUGACCGGUCUUCAUAAGAAUCACUCGACGCCAAGUCGAACGGUCACUGCCCCAAGUGAUUCCACAGAAAGGAUGUCACUUGUGAAUCAUGUAAAUUCCAGAAAUGAAAAUGACGAAAGUCCGCAAGAAGAGGAGAAGAUGGACACGAGGGAGGAUGAGACGAAUCAUGGUGGAGGAGAACUCUCCCCUAACCUGAUGAAUGGAGACGUCCAGGAAAUUGGGGCCAGUCCUGAGGAGGAGCCGAUGGAAGAAGAUGAAAGCCGAGCAGAAACUACUUUCACAUAUACUGUUGAAAACAUCAGUAAACUGAAAGAGACAACUCUCAGCCCACCAUGCAUGGUCCGAAAUUUACCCUGGAAAAUCAUGGCCAUGGUGCGUCAUAAUCAACAAAAUCACCAGAAAAGUUUGGGUUUUUUCCUUCAGUGUAAUGCAGACUCAGAAUCAACGUCAUGGUCUUGUAAUGCUGCAGCUGAACUGAAGAUAAGAACCCACACCAGUGAUGCAGAACCAUUCAGUAGAAAGAUCCAACAUUUAUUCUACAGCAAAGAGAAUGAUUGGGGAUUUAGCCAUUUUAUUCCAUGGAAUGAUUUACUGGAUCCAAGCCGUGGUUAUGUGACCAGAGACGACUCCAUCACCCUGGAAGUCCAUGUUAUUGCUGACGCUCCUCAUGGAGUAUGUUGGGACUCCAAAAAGCAUACUGGCUUCGUUGGGUUGAAGAAUCAAGGUGCUACGUGUUAUAUGAAUUCACUGUUACAAACACUUUUCUUCACCAACAAACUGCGACGGGCGGUGUACAUGAUGCCUACAGAGAGUGAUGACUCCUCAAAAAGUGUACCUCUAGCUUUACAAAGGGUGUUCUAUGAGCUCCAGUUCAGUGACAAACCUGUCGGGACAAAGAAACUCACAAAAUCUUUUGGGUGGGAAACAUUGGACACUUUCAUGCAGCAUGAUGUGCAAGAAUUAUGCAGAGUGCUAUUGGACAAUAUGGAGAGUAAGAUGAAGGGAACCUUGGUUGAGGGAACAAUUCCCCGGCUCUUUGAAGGAAAAAUGCUGUCAUAUAUAAAGUGCAAACAUGUGAGUCACUUUUCUCAACGACAAGAGGCCUUCUAUGAUAUACAGCUGAAUGUGAAAGGCAAAGAACAUAUUUUGGAGUCAUUCAAAGAUUAUAUUAAAGUAGAGACUCUGGAUGGGGACAACAAAUAUGAUGCUGGUGAAAAUGGGUUACAGGAGGCAGAGAAGGGUGUCGUGUUUCAGUCAUUACCGCCAGUGUUACAUCUACACCUGAUGAGGUUCAUGUAUGACCCUAUGGCAGAUGCUAAUAUCAAAAUCAAUGACAGGUUUGAGUUUCCUGAGAAGUUAAAUCUGGACCCCUUCCUGCAGAAGAAAGAGAAGACGCCAGCAGACUACAUAUUGCAUGCAGUUCUUGUACAUAGUGGGGAUAACCAUGGGGGGCAUUAUGUUGUAUAUAUUAACCCUAAGGGAGAUGGGAAGUGGUGUAAAUUUGAUGAUGAUGUUGUAUCCCGUUGUACAAAGCAAGAGGCAGUGGAUCACAAUUUUGGGGGACAUGAUGAUGACAUCUCUGUUAAACAUUGUACAAAUGCUUAUAUGUUGGUGUAUAUAAGAGAGAGUGAAAUGAGUGAAGUUUUACAUAGUGUGGAUGAGUGUGAUAUUCCAGAAAGUUUGAAAAGCAGAUUGGCAGAAGAAAGGAGAUUAGAGGCUCAGAAGAGAAAGGAGCGAGCAGACGCGCACCUGUAUAUGAGCGUGCAGGUACUGACUGAGGACAACUUUUAUGGUCACCAGGGCAAUGAUCUUGUUGACUCAGAGAAGACGAACUUCAGCCAUUUUAAAGUGAAGAAAACAGCAACUUUAGCUGAAUUCAUGGAAAUCUUGUCUGAAAGUUUGAAUUAUCCACGGGAGAAAAUCAGACCAUGGCCAUUUCAGUGCCGGGAAAACCAGACUUUCAGGGCCACGGCACUAGAUAUUGAAGGAGACAUCAACAAAACUGUCCAGGAUCUAGCUGAAUGUGAAGCUCCCUGGGUAGUGUUUGUUGAAACUUUAUCUCCUGAAAGUAACCUGACGCAGUUACCCCCCUUUGACAAAGAAAGAGAUGUCCUCCUCUUUUUCAAGCUUUAUGAGCCGAGAACGAAGAGUGUAUCUUACUGUGGGCAUAUGUAUGUACCAAUAUGUGACAAACUAGGUUCAAUACUACCAGAGCUGUGUUCAAGGGCGCGAUUUCCUCGAGACACCCCGUUGAUAUUGUUUGAGGAAGUGAAACCCAACAUGCUGGAGCGUCUGGAGACGUUUGAUCUACCACUGGAGAAGGCCUUAGAUGAGCUGAUGGAUGGUGACAUCAUUGUCUUUCAGAAAGAUGAACUGGACUGUGAGACGUACGAACUACCCACUGCUAAAGAUUAUUUCAGAGACCUGUACUUCCGUAUUGAUGUGACUUUCUGUGAUAAGACGAACCCCUCAGAUACAGGCUUCACCCUGGAGCUAUCCCUCAGAAUGAACUACGACCAGAUAGCCAAAGCAGUAGCACUGCAUCUACAGACAGACCCCUAUCUUCUUCAGUUCUUCAAAUCACAAGGCAGCUAUAGAGAUGGACCAGGUAAUGCUAUCCGGUGUACAUUCGACGGAACCCUCAAAGAUUUGCUCACAUGCUCAAAACCAAGGCAGCCUCGGAAAUUGUACUACCAACAGCUGAGCAUACGGAUCAAUGAGAUGGAGAACAAGCGACAGUUCAAAUGUGUUUGGGUUAAUGGCAAUCUCAAAGAAGAGAGAGAAUUAGUUCUGUAUCCAAACAAGAAUGGCAGAGUGUCAGAACUAUUAGAAGAAGCUCAAAAACAGGUUGACUUGUCAAAGGAAGGAUCAGGAAAACUUAGGUUUUUGGAGGUCAUCAGUUACAAGGUGUUUGCUGUUCAAAGAGAGGACAUGGUGUUAGAGAGCCUGAACACCGCCUCCACUAAGACUUAUCGCAUAGAGGAGAUCCCCGUUGAUGAGGUGGAUAUAGCCGAGGAUGAAACCUUAAUUCCAGUAGCCCAUUUUCAGAAGGAAAUUUAUUCAACAUUUGGUGUACCAUUUUUGCUGAAGAUAAAGCAUAAUGAACCAUUCUCUGCAGUGAAGGCCAGGAUUCAGAAGAAACUGGAUGUACCAGACAAAGAAUUUGAAAAGUGUAAGUUUGCUAUAGUGGUGAUGGGCAGACAGGAGUACUUACCUGAUGAUCAACCUGACUUGAAGAUAGACCUCAAACAGUUCCAACCUCAAACUGUGUCCGGUGGCAGCAUGCAGGCCCGUCCAUGGCUGGGAUUAGACCAUGUCAACAAGACGCCCAAGAGGUCGAGGUAUAUUUACGAGAAGGCCAUCAAGAUACACAAUUAGCACAGCCACUCCCACCUCUGAGAGGAUGUAUACCUUACCAGCGUUAAGUGUUAUUGGGGGUGUCAUCCAGCCCUAACUUCUGACGCCAGUUAUCGCCUGUCCUGCUUAGGCUUGGUGCAAGCUUACCAUGAGGGAAUAGGCUAGAUUAUUGGCAGAUUCUCAUACAGAUGGCAGGUCAGGUUUAUAUGCGUAGGCAUUCAACAGAUCAGAUCGUGUGAAGACAUUUGGGGGAAAUAGGUUGUUGGAAGGGUAAACUUCGUACAGUUCUUCACAGUAUGUCUUGGCAGUGAAGUAAUAUCAUACUGCCCCAAGUGUAUGAAUGACAAACUAUGUAAGGAUCUUGUACACAGUUAGGUAAUUACUACCAUUUUCUGCAAUGAAAAGUACUAAUAUAUUGCUUUAGAAAAUAUUUACCAAAUGUAGACCCGUAAACCCAAAUGAGGAGGAAGACUAUUAGCUCUGUGAAAGAAGUUUUCACUACAUCAAUAUUGUAUUUGUUGACAUGAACCAGAAGGCUGGCUGUAUUGUAAAGUUUGGCGCAUGGAUUUGUCAUAGGAAAACCUGGGUAUCUCUUUAAAUAUAUCUCUUCACCUAGAGUAGAUAAUCUUUAAGGUGUUUUAGCUGUGCCAAAUUCUCACUUUUACACUAAGCGGUCUUGUAUAGUUGUAUGAUAGUCGACAAAGCAGUGAUGUGCACUGUUGAUUCAGUGAAGGGAAUUUUAUGCUCAACAGGUUGAUACAUGUAUAGUGUUUAUCUUAAUAAAACCUGAUUCUUUGUAGCCAUCUGGAAUCCUCUGCAUUGUGUUCAGGGUGUCUGUUGACUGAGUUGGCCAUGGCUUUUCACUAUUGUGUUCGCACUGUUUUAAAGUUCAAAUGUUUGCUGUGUGCUUUGAUCAAGACGCAGGAAGUUGUCUAUUGUUCUUCAUGACUGUGAUACACAUAGAUUCGCAUAUCUGUGGAGCUCCCCUCUACCCAUAUGAGUAUAGUGCAUGUAUGUCCUGAUUCAGUAGCAAAUGAAGUACUCCCAGCUCAGCAGAAGAGUUGGAAUUCUUCAGUGAUCACAGACACAGAGAUAUCCUCUGUGUCGUAAGAUCACAUUGUUUUUUCAAAAGGGUUUUUAACGUGUUACAGCAUGUGCAUGAUAUGAACCGUUGUAUAAAACAAACUGAAAUUAAUCAGAAUUCCACUGAAUAAUUUUCAGAACAAAGCGAAUGAAUCAGUGAGUGACCAGAGGCAUAAUGGUUAUGGUGUUUCCCUGUGAAUAAUAACUUUGGUGUAAGCAAGCUGGCAUGGUGUUGAUGAAACAGUGGAAGAAUUAAGCUCAGUUAAUGCCUAGAAUCUAAGCACUUGAUGUAUUGGUGUUAUCUGAUCAAGUAUGCAUAAAUGAAAUCAAGUUCUGCACUGGCAUAUUUUUACCACUAACAUUAGAACCUAGCGAUAUCUAAUGUCAUGUAAGCUAGGGGAGUUACAAUUACUUCAUUGUAUGUGGUAUGUAUUUUAUUUAGACGUUCUCCCACUAUACUUCAGUAGGUCCAGCGUUAACACUGCAUAUAGAAAGUGCUGUUUAUGGGCUCUUUGGUGUGUCUGUAUUCUUAAGGGCAUCCGCAAAGAAAAUCAGACUGUUUUUCUGAUUAUCGGUAACUGUUUAUCAGUGAUUUUCCAAUUUAUAUACAAACAUGAGACUGACAUACUGAUUGUAGACAAAACGUGACGUAAGGCACAGAAUUUAUUCUUCAAUGCUGUGGCUGAAAAGAUAAAUUCUGCAGCAGUGAUCUCACCAUGGACAGUUUAUUAUUAAUGGUAAAAAGAUCGAUUUCUGUGUUAAAAACUUCAUUGAUUUCUUUUUACUCUUGAUUUGGUAAACUAGAACAUGUACAUAUAUACAAGUGUAUAGCCACCUGCUUGACCUUGUUAUUAUGUAUCAUCUUAUUUAUUUCGUCCUAUUUUAAAUGGAACUUUUCAUUCCAUCCAUCCAUGCCAUUUUGUUAGCCGCUAUAGUGACAUUCUUUGCAGGUGUUGUAAUAUAUGACUGUCACCUUUUUUGCCUAUCAUCUUUGUUGUUGACCAUGCACAGUAAAUUCCUCAACUUUGUUUCAGAGCAGUUUACAUUACCAGAACUUCAAUUACAUGUAGUAGUAGCCAGUUCCACUAUGUUAACCGUGUUAACCGUAUGUUAACUCAGACCAUUUGAAGAGCCAGGUAAUUUGUACAUAGCAGUCUCUCUUGGUUGUGUUCUUCAUGUUUUAUAAAUUACUUGGAUGUAUAAGCUGAGCUGAUUUUGCUGCAAGCUUUUACAUAAAUAUCCUACGAGUCUGUAUAAAGUUGUCCAAAGCAGAACUGUCCCACUGGUAAAGGAGCUCACUGUAAAUUUAUGUUAUCUGUUCCUCUUUUUACUGGAAUUAAAAUGUAUCAAACUACGCCCACUGCAAGUACCUUGUACAUUGUGUACUUUGUAACCUUCUCUUUUCUUCAGUUUGUUUUCUGCCACUUGUUCCACAUGUUGUUGUUGCCAAGUUUUACAGGUGAUGUUACGGGCGGAUUGUGACGUUAGCUAGUAGUAAACUGUACAUCAGACGUCAUUAUUCCUCUUAUGCAUUGUGUGAUGCUAAUGACAAUAAAACAGGUAUCCACA